AUGGCUGCCUCAGAACCGCCGAAGUAUGACCUCUCUAAUGAGAGCCCAACCGAGAAGCGCUCCUUUCUGAGGGAGGCCGCCAAACGGGCAGAGCUGUAUCACGGCCGUGUUGCAUUCCUGAACAAGCUGCCUUUUUCUGCGGUCACCGUGAUAGUCCUGGUUGGUCUCGUUAACGCGUUGGUAUGGAUCGCCGUGGGCAUCGUACUGCACUAUCAUCCGGCGCUCAUAUCCACGGCGGUACUGUCCUAUACCCUAGGACUCCGACAUGCACUAGACGCAGACCAUAUUUCUGCUAUCGACCUGAUGACCCGCCGUCUCAUCGCGUCCGGACAAAAGCCCGUGACAGUCGGGAUGUUCUUCUCUUUGGGCCAUUCGACUAUAGUGAUCGUUACAUCCCUGGUGGUAGCUGGUACCGCCGCGGCGGUGUCAAAUAGAUUCGACAGUUUCUCGCGCGUAGGCGGUAUCAUCGGGUCGUCCGUAUCAGCCGCGUUCCUGAUCCUUUUGGGGAUUAUGAACAUUUACAUCCUCUACAAGCUGGUGUGCCAGUUGCAGCGAGCCAUCGCUGCAGAUUCGGACGAGGCAGACACAGGCAUGCCAUUCUAUGGUGGAGGUUGUCUGUUCAAUAUGUUCAAAGGACUCUUCAAGAUGAUCGACCGGCCAUGGAAGAUGUACCCUCUCGGCGUGCUCUUCGGGCUCGGCUUCGAUACCUCCAGCGAGAUCGCGCUCCUGGGCAUCUCCUCGAUCGAAGCCGCGAGCGGCACGUCCUUCUGGCUCAUCCUCAUCUUCCCGCUGCUCUUCACCGCGGGCAUGUGCCUCCUCGACACCGCCGACGGCGCGCUGAUGAUGAGCCUCUACACGUCUACGACGCUCGCGCACGACCAGAUCGCCGUGCUCUAUUAUAGCAUCGUCCUGACGGUCAUCACGGUCAUCGUCGCGCUCGUGAUUGGAGUCAUACAGCUGCUCACGAUGGUGCUCAACGUCGCAGAGCCGUCGGGCAGGUUCUGGGAUGGCGUGGAGAAAGCGGGGGAUUGCUAUGAGAUUAUUGGUGGCGCCAUCUGUGGCUCGUUCAUCGUGUUCGGCACGCUUAGUGUCCUACUAUACAAACCUUGGCGCCGCAGAAUCGACAAGCAGCGCGACAUCAAUCUCGCUCUGCUCAAGGCUGAGGAUCCGGAGGGAGCGUCCGGAAAACAGAGGUGCGAUCGGAAAGACGACGAGUGUGGGAAGGACCCAUCCCAGGCCGGGGAACUGGUCAUCUCGGAGAGCAUGUAUCAAAGCCAUGGGGAGCAAGCACGAAAGUGUUGA